AUGUUUGGGUCCAUCUGCUGCUGCGUCGCGGUUCUGCUGCUCCUCUGGCCGGCCGGCGGGCAGCACCAGGACUUCUUCGGCCCGGAUCACGGCCUCUGCCGGCCCAUCUCCAUCCCGCUGUGCAGCGACCUGGAGUACAACCGGACCAUCCUGCCCACCCUGCUGGGCCACGACAGCCAGGAGGAGGCCGGCCUGGAGGUCCACCAGUUCUACCCGCUGGUGAAGGUCCAGUGCUCGGCCGAGCUGCGCUUCUUCCUGUGCUCCCUGUACGCCCCGGUGUGCACGGUUCUGGACCGGGCCAUCCCGCCCUGCCGGGCGCUGUGCGAGCGGGCGCGGCAGGGCUGCGAGGCGCUCAUGAACAAGUUCGGCUUCCCGUGGCCGGACCGGCUGCGCUGCCAGAACUUCCCGGUGCAGGGCGCCGGAGAGAUCUGCGUGGGCCAAAACACCAGUGAUGGUGCCGCCUCCGACCCGACCUCGAGCCUCCCCGAGCUCCUGACCCGGUCCUCCCAGCCCUUCUCCUGUCCCCUGCAGCUGCAGGUGCCGCCCUACCUGGGCUACCGGUUCCUGGGGGCCCAGGACUGCGGCGCCCCCUGUGAGGCGACCCGGCCUGGUGGACUCACGUACUUCAGUGAGGAGGAGGUGAGGUUCGGGCGACUGUGUGUCGGCGUCGGGUCGGGCCUGUGCACCGUCAGCAGCCUCUUCGCCGUGCUCACCUACCUACUGGACGUCCGGCGGUUCCAUUACCCAGAGAGACCCGUCGUGUUCCUGUCUGGCUGCUACGUCGUGGUGGCGGCGGCCUAUGGCGCCGGCUUCCUGCUGCAGGAGCGGGUGGCAUGUGUGGGCCGGUUCAGGGAGGAUGGGUACCGGAUGGUGGCUCAGGGCACCGGACAGGUGGGCUGCACCACCCUCUUCACUGUCCUCUACUUCUUCAGCAUGGCGAGCUCCAUGUGGUGGGUGGUUCUGUCUGUCGCCUGGUUCCAGUCUGCCGCAAUGACCUGGGGUCAUGAGGCCAUCGAGGCCUACUCGCAGUACUUCCACGUGGCGGCCUGGAUGGUGCCGGCGGUCCAGACGGUGGCCGUCCUUGCGUCGGGGAAGGUGGAGGGCGACCUGCUGACGGGCGUCUGCUCCGUGGGGAUCCACGACGCGGCGGCGCUGCGAGGCUUCGUGGUGGCGCCGCUCUGCAUCUUUCUCUUCGUUGGCGCCGCCUUCCUGCUGGCCGGCUUUGUACCGCUCCUGCGGAUCAGAACCGUCAUGAAGCACGGCGGCACUGAGACGCAGAAGCUGGAGAAGCUGAUGGUGCGGAUCGGCGUGUUCGGCGUGUUGUACACGGUUCCCACCGCCGGCGUCAUCGCCUGUUGCCUCUACGAGCUUCACUUCCGGCCGCGCUGGGAGGCAACAUGGCGGCUGCAGACCUGCGAACGCUUCGCCGUGCCGUGUCCGACCGGACGCUCUGUGCCGAGCUCGCCGGACUUCACCAUGUUUGUGGUCAAACACCUGAUGAGCCUGAUGGUCGGCAUCACGUCCGGAUUCUGGGUUUGGUCGAGAAAGACGCUGCAGUUGUGGCGACGCUUUUACCAAAGACUGAAGUUUUGA